ACGGCCUGGCCCUGGCUCGCGAGUCCCGGGCGAGCCAGAAGCCAAAGGGCAACUCGGGCGGGAAAGUCCCUGCAACUGGAGACACGGUUUGGUGCGCGCGUGGUCCCGCCGCCGUCAGUGGGGCGCGCGACACCCGUACCUGGGGUUCCCCGGCCGUCCGCCCCAGCCGGCCUUCCCGCGGCCGCACAGGUGGGCGUCGGCGGUGGGCGCCGGCAGGUGAGCCUCCAGGCGGGAGCCCCGAACCAACCUCUCCUCUGACGACCGCCAGCCCGUCCCUGCCCAGGCCUGUUGCUGUGCUGCCUCUCAGCCGGGGCAGCAGAAUGAAAGACGUCAUGUCCAACAACAGCACCACUAGCAUCUCGCAAGCCAGGAAGGCUGUAGAGCAGCUCAAGAUGGAAGCCUGUAUGGACAGGGUCAAGGUCUCCCAGGCAGCCGCAGACCUCCUGGCCUACUGUGAAGCCCACGUACGUGAGGACCCUCUCAUCAUCCCAGUGCCUGCAUCGGAAAACCCCUUCCGAGAGAAGAAGUUCUUUUGUACCAUCCUCUGAUUCCAUGGAUUAUGACGUGGCUCCUUUCCUGUCCUUAAAUUCACUGGUAGAGACCGCAUGCUCUUAGCUAUAGGGAGUCCCAGCCCACCCCGGCCCUCCCCAACCAGGAUGGCCGGGACCUGCCUCUCUCCAUUGGUUUUCUUCAUUGUGUUCUAUUUCAUGCCUUCUUUUCAUUCUCAUGGUAUUUCCAUCACUGGCAAAGCAAAUAGAUCUUUUCGUAACCCAAUAACACAUGUGCCAAGUGAAAAUAAGUAUGAGGUUAAGAGUUUAACUUUUUAAAGCAUCAGUUCCCAUUUUCAGUACUUCAAGUUCAUACAUUCCAGUGCUUAAUUUAUGGAAAAGAAAAACUGUACAAUGCCCCCCCCCCGCAUUCCCAAUAAUUCAGUAGCAAAUUAGAGCAUUUGGACCCACUGAGCUAUGUGGAUAAAGUUUUCAUCUGGAAGUUCUCUCUCCUGCUUUUUCAUUAUCCUAUGAGAAAGGAAAUAACCCACAGCAUCAGAUGGUUUUCCUGAUGUGUGUGGGGCCCAGACCCCGCCGAGGACAAGUCCCUGCUUCUCACUGAUUACCACCGACCACUUUGGAGGGGGUCUUUCUAUAGGUGUCGAUGUUGGGGGACUAUUGUAGCAAGCCUCAGUGUCCGUGCGCACCACGGCAGCCGUCUGUCUGUGUGCUCAAGCUGCACCCACCGAGGGCUUUGUCUUCCCCUCCACGUGCCGUGUCUUAGUGCCCCUCUUACUCUGACUUCUCGUAGUUCUCACAUGGCUCCAUUAAUAGGGACUUGCUCUGGGCACAGCCCAGGGCCCAUGGGCUGUCACUGGAGUGGUCCCUGCCCCAGAGCGAGCCACAGGGCAGCUGCUGCUCUGCACCAUCCGAGCAUUGACUGUAUUCACUUAUUUAAUCCUCUCACAAUCCACAAAUGCCACAAGAGUAGUCUGUUUUAAAGAUAGGCAACCAGGGGCGCCUGGAUGGUUCAGCGGGUUAAGCACUGACUCUUGAUUUCGGUUCAGGUCAUGAUCUCAGGGUCCCGUGUUGGACUCCGUGCUCGGCAGGGGGGUCUGCUUGAGAUUCUCUCUUCCUCUGCCUCUCACACCCCCACCCCCUGCUUGUUCUGUCUCUCUCUCUAGUGUAAGUGUAGCACACGUCUCUCCCCAUCUUUGCCAGAAGGAGGCAUAUUGGGCCCAAGUAGCUCAUGGAAAAUGAUAGACAGAUAUGUGGAUGCCCCUGUGGGAGACUGGACAGCUCCUGGUUUUUCUGACCCCGCCUAAAACAAAGUUGAAAGAGAAUAAACCAUGGGGGCAGAGAGCUCCUUGUCCAAGUUCACGGCUCUUUUGUUGUAGAAACCACUGUACUCACUGGCUCUCACGGCAGCUGGCCAUGUGAUGUGGGGCAAGCUAUUGUGUGCCUGGAAUGUUCUAACCUGCUAAUUGGGGAUAAUGGUAAUGACUCCUCCCGCCUUUCUCUUUGGGGGGCCACAGAGAGGUGCUACAUAGAUGAAAGCUCUGAUUAUCAUUUAAAACAAAUUACUAAAGGCUCCAACAUAACAUUGGCGGGAAUGUAUGACUUCAAAGUCACCGUGGUUCUGUUGGAGAGCCAAAUAUAAUUUCAGAUCAGUUAAUAACUUGCCACCUUGCAAAUGGCUUCAGUACAUGUUUAUGCUUUGCCUCUUUUGUUGGAAGUGAUUCUUCAUUUCAUUAAAGCUCACUGAUGUCACCAGCGAGGUUAGGAAGCCGUAUGCUCUAAUGAAAGCAGAAUUGUAUGCGGCGUGUGAUAAUCAGACUUCAAACCCUUCCCUGUCUCAGUUGAUGACCAGGAGCUCUUUCUUCUGUGGUCGAUGUCAACAUCAUUAACCUGAUAAAGCAAAGCACAAUUCAUAAAAGCACAUCAGAGAAGCAGAGAAAGUGGGACAGCACAGAAGCCUGAGAAAUCAGGUCAGGAAGAAACUCUGCUUCUCGCCUUCUUCCAGACUUUCUCUCCUUUGUAUUCAGUUUCUGUCCCUCCCCUCUGUCACUCGCUUUUUCCUCUUCCUCUUCUCUCCCUUUCCUUCCUCCAGGAGAUGCUCUCUUACCUUUGUGGUUGGCCCCUUCUAAAGUGUCCCUGAACUCAUCGCCCCCUUGCUAAAGGCAAGGCCGUGCAAUUGGGCUCCGAGGUACACAAACAGGUGGCUGACCCCCUCGCCCCACUAGCCGCUCACUGGGAGGCGAACCAAAGGGGCUGCGCCUGCUGUGGACGGUCGUCACUUUGUGUUCACGAGCUGGCUGUCCAGCGUCUGACCCCCCCUUCCUACAGGGGAAGAUCACCCCUCACUAGACACACUAGGACUCCCUUUCACUGUGGGUGCUGAAGGGGAGAGGUCUUCCUGGCCUCAGGUGGACCCCCUGCUUGGACUCCUUUGCCUAGACCUAUGAGCUCGGAGCAAGUGACACAGAAAUGAGAAGACGCUAAGAUUUGUUUUAUGGGAGCUGCAGUGGUCCAGGGGCAGCAGUGGCCCAGCAGGGAGGCAUCUAGGCCUGGCAGGUUGCAGGGUUCUGUGCCCAGAGCCAACAAGGACCAGGGAUGGCAGAGCCCUGAGUAGACCAUUCCCACUCCAUUCCUCGGCCCCGCUAGCUGUCUCACCCUCUGCCCCCACCACAUCCUCCUACGUCUCUUUCUUUCUAGUUUUCUGUCAAUUCUCUAAGCCUCCAAGCUCCAUCCAGUAAAUUUCUUAUUCCGUAAGAUAGCCUGGGUUGGAUGUACAUAUUAUAUGAUCUAAAAACCCCAUUCCUGGGUUGGUACUUUACAGAAAUGUGUGUAUGUGCUCACCAAAAGAAAAGUACUAGAAUGUUCCUAGAAGCGCUAUUCAGGAUAACCCAAAGCCAGAAAGCGCUCCAAUGCCCACGUCGAAUGGAUAAGGAAAUUCUGGUAUAUUCCCACAGUGAAAUCCUGGGUGGCAGUGGGAAUAACGAUCCCAUAUCUCGACCCCAUAGCAUUGUGUGAGGCUCACGACAUUGGGCACGUUCAUACUACAUGAUUCCAUUUAUGUCAGCUGCAAAGCUCAGCAAAGCUAACCCAAGCUGUUGCAAGUGGGGAAUAUUAGUUACUCUCUGGAGGAUGGGAAUCAGAAGGGGCACAAGGGGAGCUUCUAGAAUGUUCCAUGUGUCGAUCUAGUUGCUAGUUACCUGAAUGUGUCCGGUUUGUGAAAAUUCUCUGAGCUGUACACUUUGGAUUGUGUACUUUUCUGUAUGUAUGUUAUUCUUCAAUAAAAGUUGGUUUGUGUGAC